AUGAAAACCCCAUUAGGACUGCAAUAAUACUUCACUCUGAAAUCAGCCCAGCAUCAUUAAUUGUUGGAUGAAGAGUCUGAACAUGCAAAUAGGAUAAUCAUCAAGGAAAUUGAAAUCGAUUCUAAAAUGUGCUAGAAACAAGUGCAACUUAUGAUUGAUAAUACUCCUGUGUAUUUUCCUCAUCAACCCUAUGAAGUCUAAAAGGCUUAUAUGGAAAGUGUAAUAUAAGCAUUAAAUAUGAAGUAGAAUGCAUUAUUGGAAUCACCAACAGGAACAGGAAAAACCCUAUCCUUGCUCUGUGCCUCCUUAGCAUGGUUAAAGAAGAACAGAUAAGAUCAAUAGAGUUCUGAUCAGCCUAAGAAUAUUAAGAUUAUAUACUCAUCAAGAACUCAUGCCCAAUUAAAAUAAGUAGCUAUGGAGUUGAAGAAGACCAUCUAUAAACCCAAUGUUUCGAUGCUUGGCUCAAGAGAUCAAUAUUGCAUCAGAGGGGAAUUCAGUAUGCUCAAAGGAACUCUCUUGAAUCAAAGUUGUCGAAAAUCAGUAAAGGCUAAUUAAUGCUAAUUUUAUAAGAAAGAACAUCUUAUUGUUAUGGCGCAAAGUUACAGUACAUUAGUUAGCAGUUUGGAAGAAGCCAGAUAGUUUGGCCUUAAAAAUAAAUUGUGUCCUUAUUAUUUUGAGAGACAGAGGUUGGAUUCAGCCGAUCUCAUUUUACUACCCUACAAUUAUCUAUUGGAGAAAGACUUUUAGGAUGUUGUUUAAAUAGAGAAUUCAAUUUUAAUAUUUGAUGAAGCACAUAAUGUGUAAUCUACUGCUGAAGAUGGUUCAUCAUUUUUUAUUACUCUUAAUAAUAUUGUUGAAGCAGAAAAAGAUCUUGAAAAGUGGAUUGAUGAACUCGAAUCAGUCGCAGCAUUUUAUGAUUAAUUGAAAACUAAAUUGAAUGCAGCUAAAGUCUCAUCAGAAAUGAAGGAAUUUAAAUCUAUUAUGAUUACAAUAAAAGUAUUUGCUUAAUAUUUGGAGUCAUUUAAAACUAAUCAAUAAUUUAUAAGUUCUGAUAAGGAAGAGAAAUAUUUAAUUUUGGAUGGUCGAAAAAUAUCAGCCAUGAUUUUUUAAUACACUUAAGAUAAAGAAAACACUUUUAAAUUAUGGUAAGAGAAUUCUUUGACUAAUUAUGCAAAAGGAGUCAAUAAGACUAAUUUUUCUAAGUAUUUAAUUCAUUGCUCUACUCUUAUUGAUGUAAUGGGGGAAUUAUCUUAAAUUCCAGGAUAUCAUUUUGAGUCCUGGGUUAAAUUUAUGAAAAAUGUCUAUGAUCUUAUUACAGUUGAGGAGGAAAGAGAAAAAUAAUAAUUAUCAAUAAGCUCUUUAUAAAACGAGUUUAACUAAUAUAAGUUAUCUUUUGUUCUUGACUAAUCUAAUUAACUAUCUAUCCACAUGUGGUGUCUUGAACCCUCAUUAGCCUUUUCCAGACUGUAUAAUAAAAGUAUUCAUUCGAUCUUGUUAACAUCUGGUACACUCUCACCGAUGCCAUCGUGGUCUUGUGAAUUAAGAAUUCCAUUUGAUGUUCAAUUAGCCAAUGAGCAUAUCAUUGAUCUGGACAAAAAUCUUAGAAUAUUUUAACAUAAGACUUAUGACUUUUCAUAUAAUUAAAGAGACAAUGAAGAGUAUAUUUGUGGAUUUGGUGUUACUUUAUUAAGUUUAUGUUAGACUAUUCCGAAUGGAAUUUUAGUUAUUUUUUCAUCCUAUAGUCUAAUGUUUAAAUUCAGAAGCAAAUGGACAUAAAAUAAAUUAAUACCUAGAUUGAGUGAACUCAAAGUGUGCUUAUGGGAACCUUAACAAAGUAAUCAGAUGCAAAAUGUUUUUGACACCUAUAAAGAGAAAUCAAAGAAAGGCGCGAUAAUGUUUGCAGUUCAUAGAGGCAAGGUUGCUGAAGGAAUAGACUUUUCUGAUGAAUUGUGCAGGGCCAUCUUCUUAGUAGGUGUACCCUAUCCACCUAAAAAAGAUAAUCAUCUUCUAGAAAAAAUGAACUACUUGGAUAGAAUCUACAACGAUCUAGAAUUCAAUCAUUAAUAACGAAUAAAAAGUUCAGAAUGGUACACUCAAUAAGCUAUUCGUGCCACAAAUCAAGCUAUGGGAAGAGUUAUUAGACAUAUCAAUGAUUAUGGGAUUGUUUAUUUAUGUGAUAAAAGAUUUGAAUAAAAGGAAAUUAGACAAGGAUUAUCAAAAUGGGCAUAACCUGCCAUCUAACCUUGGAUCAAUGAUGACGAUGUGAUUAAGCAAACUAAGGAAUUUUUCAACAGGACAGCUUCUAAUAAAGAACAAGAGCGAAUUGAAAAAAAGCCUUUUUUGGAACAGGAAGUCAAAAAAAGAAAGCUUUAAUUUUUUGGAUUGCAAAAUAAAACAGAAUUCGAAAAGCUAAAAGAAGACACCUAUGAAAGGAUGAGAUCAUUGGGUGAACAGUAAAAGUAGGAAGAGAGCAUAAAUCAACAAAAUGAUUAGAUAAAUCCUCAGCCUUAAACAAAAUCACAGUCAAAUUCUAACUCAAAAAUAUAAUCUGAAUUCUUUAGUUGUCAAAAUUCUAAUUUUUCGAAUUUAGAUCACUCUCACAUCUAAUAAACAGAAUUAAAAAAGAAUAUUGAUGAUGAUAAUCAAAGUUCAAAAAUAGAAUAACAAAAAAAGAAGCUGUGUAUAAAAUUAAAGAAUAAAAAAUGA